AUAUUUGUUAUAGAAAUUGUAAUAAUACACAGCCUUUGCGUAUCGUAAAGAAGGUCGAUUCCUAUCAUUAGCGAUACGAUAAAACUACUGCAUGGUUGUUUGUUUAAUCGUGUUGUACGACAUAGUAUGCUCGACAAUGCGCGCUGUUUUAUGCAAUUUCAUCCACAGCGUAACCACUUAUGCCAUUCUCAGUGCAAGAAUGCUUCGAAAGCAAAGAAGAUGGCCUUGUUCAUCGAUCAGGUGUUUUGCUUCGUCAGCGACCAGUGACACGGAGUACGAUGUACCGAUAGAAAUGAUUCGUAACUUUAGUAUAAUAGCGCACGUUGACCAUGGUAAGAGUACACUUGCUGACAGAUUGCUGGAAUUAACAGGUGCUAUAAAAGUGAAUUCCGGCAAGCAAGUUUUAGACAAUCUGCAAGUGGAGAAAGAACGUGGUAUCACUGUAAAAGCUCAGACAGCGUCGUUGUCUUAUUCAUAUAGAAAUAGGAAAUAUCUUCUGAAUCUCAUAGAUACACCUGGUCAUGUAGACUUUACAGCAGAGGUUCGUCGAUCCUUGGCUCCCUGUCAAGGUGUUGUACUGCUGGUCGAUGCGAAUGAUGGUGUUCAAGCGCAAACUGUAGCGAAUUACUACCUAGCGCGAGAGAGACAACUUGUAAUUAUACCGGUUAUCAAUAAAGUGGAUCUAAAGAACGCCAAUCCGGAAAAAGUACAGGAUCAGUUACAAGCAUUGUUUGGCAUGGACGAUAUAGAUGUUAUAAAGAUAUCAGCCAAGUUGGGCAUCGGUGUCGACAAAGUUUUGGAUGCUAUAAUCGAAAGGAUUCCACCGCCUGUAGUGUCGAGAGACAAGCCAUUUCGUGCACUGGUAUUUGACAGUUGGUAUGAGAAGCACAAAGGUGCCAUUUCCUUGAUUUAUGUGAAAGAUGGUGCAUUAUCAGUCGGUGAGCAUGUUAACUUUAUGCUGUUGAAGAAGUCGUAUGAAAUUAGAAGCAUCUCUUUCCUCAGGCCUCACGCGGAGAAUAUAAAGACAAUAUAUGCAGGGCAAGUUGGUGCUAUUUCGUGCAAUAUGAAAUCACAAGAUUCUUGCAUCGGUGACACUUUACAUCUAAGACAGUGCUUCGUCGAUCCUCUAGAGAGAUUCAAACCGCCGAAGCCAAUGGUGUUUGCUGGCAUAUAUCCGAUGGAUCAGUCGCAAUUCACUUCUUUACAGGCGGCCAUCGACAAACUUGCUUUAAACGACAGUGCCGUGGCUGUGACGAUGGAGUCGAGUGUCGCACUCGGAAGAGGAUGGCGCAUUGGAUUUUUGGGAUUACUGCACAUGGAGGUAUUCGUUCAGCGUCUCGAACAAGAGUACGGUACGCAGCCGAUAGUUACAGCACCUGCAGUGACGUACAAAGCCAAAAUAUUUGGGGCGAAAAAUAUAACGAAAUAUCAAGGCGAUAUGGUGACUUUUAACAAUCCGGAGCAUUUCCCAGAUCGACAAAUCGUUGACGAAUUUUAUGAACCUACGAUCGUAGCGACUAUUAUAACACCAGUUGAAUAUAUGAGUGAAAUUGUGUCACUUUGCCGACAUAAACGAGGCAUUGAGAAAUCGAGCAAACCUAUUGGUAAUGACAGAGUCGCCCUGCAGUAUAUAAUGCCAUUGAGCGAAAUAAUUGUCGACUUCCACGACUCUUUGAAGAGCAUAAGUUCCGGUUAUGCUAGUUUCGACUAUGAAAAUCACGAUUAUCAGUCAUCUGACAUAGUAAAGUUGGAUAUUCUCUUGAAUGGAAAAAUAGCGGACGAAUUGAGUUCGAUUGUACAUAGAGAGAAGGCCUAUCAAAUGGGUAAGAAGUUGUGCGUUAAGCUUCUCGAAACCAUUCCUCGUCAGCUCUUUGAAAUAGCUAUCCAAGCAGUGAUAGGAAGUAAAGUGAUAGCGAGAGAAACUUUGAAGGCUUACAAAAAAGAUGUAACAGCCAAAUUAUACGGAGGUGACGUUACGAGAAGAAAAAAAUUACUAGCGCAACAAGCGGAAGGUAAAAAGAAAAUGAGGAUGAUUGGUAAAAUUUCGUUACCCCGAGACACUUUCAUAAACGUACUAAAGAAAUAAGAACGGAAAUUUAUCUGUCGUCACCGCGAUUUAUUGUUACGUAUUAUUUUAUCGACCGACGCUGCACUAUUUGCGUCGUUUGCGUAAAAAAUGUGACAUGAGUGUGUUGUACAAAAUUGUCCAAAAAUAUUGAAAUAUAUAAUGUGUAAAGUGAACUAUAUCUGUAAAGUGAAAUAUAUCUUGCAUUAUAUUUGA